CAGACACCAUACCGACCAGCAACGACACACUCGCGCGAUCCAUGCUUUGUUUGCUUACACCAACUUUUUUUAUUUUUACUUCUCUCUAGACGUCAUCUCUCAUCAACACGACUGCAUCGACCGACCCUCUGCCGUGGUUAGCAAGACGCGUCAAAGGCCACAUCCUUAGCACGCAAGCAGUCAUCAUUACUGCGCCGUGAUCGCCUACCUUGCACGACUGCCGCCGCCUACAAAACUCGGCCCACCGUCGCUUACCCUGGGAGUACCCACUCGGUUUUGUCCGCCUGCCCUCUACCGCCCAGCCCAGCCAGCCCAGCGGCCAUUUGCUACCACCUUCGACACUCCCAUCUCACCCACCCCGCGCGGCCGCCCCCAUUGCAUUUGACUUUGCCUGUCUGUCCCUUGCAACAACCUCGGUCACCCCGGGUAUCCCACUCCGGCUCCCCCUCAUCCAACCCGUAACCCUCGACUUUCAACUGCUCCAUCAUGCCAGCAGUCAUGUCCCCAUCUUCAGCACCAACAACGCACCACUCGGCGUACGCUACUCAGGCAGACCUCGACAUCCUCAACCUCCUCACCACGGACGGACCAAAGCCGGCUACUGCCGCAACCGCUGCCGCCGCGUCGGCCCCCGCAAACGGCCAGCGCAAGAAGAGCGUCGUACGCCGCGACGCCGGGCUCGACUCGCUCCUCCUCAGCGCAGUCCUCGCCGGCAGCGACAAGAUCACGCGGCAUCACUUUGGACACGGCAUGACGGGCGCUUACUCGACCUGCGACCAGAGCAGGCCGUCGUCGCCCCGUCAACCCCGACCCCUCCCACGCAGCCAGCAGGCCCCGCGCUCCCAGCGUCUUCAGGCCGAGUCGGCGGCGCUCGCCUCUGCCCAGGCUAACAGUGCCAUUGUGUCGGAGGCGGCGUCCUCGUCAAAGCCCGUUUCAGCCGAGGCGUCUUCCUCCUCCUCUUCGGCUGGUCCGAUCGGGAUUCCGACACCAGCCACAUUGGCACCCCCAUCACACGACCUCGCAACGUCGCCAAAAGAGUUGAAGGAGCGCAAGAGGCGCAUGUCGGUCGACCCCCAGCCCAUCUCGCAGCUUUUGCAGCAGGCUUCGCCAGCACACGUCAACUUUUUCCAUGGACGCGGUCAGGUCGUCAAGCCCACUGGACGGCCCACGGUCAAGUGUAUGGCUCGUACCCGUGUGCCCACCCCGCACGGCGACAUCUUCCUCCACCUCUACCACAACACGCACGACAACAAGGAGCACCUCGCCAUUGUCACCGACCCGAUCCAGCUCAGUGCCGAUGCGCGUCGCCGGGCACCAAAGGGCCGCCGUGAAAUCCGCUCGCGAUCCCUCGACGCAAAGUGGCGUGAAGGCGAGACCGACAUGGAGCGUAUCGUCCGCGGUGCUUACGUCGGCCGCUUGACCGCUGGUGCCGAGGGUGUGCCCAGCGUGCCCCGCUCCGCCGCCGAGUACGCUGCCGAGGACGCUUCCGAGGACCCCGACGCCGAAGCCGACAUUCUUCCCCUCGUCCGAAUCCACUCAGAGUGCUUCACCGGCGAGACGAUCGGCUCGAUGCGCUGCGACUGCGGCGAGCAGCUCGACGAGGGCAUGCGCCGCAUCGCCGAGGACCAGCACGUCGGCACCGCGCAGGACGAGUAUCUUCCCACACCCGAGGCCUCGCGUGCGCCUUCCCCCGGAACCCGUGGCCACUCCCACUCCCAUCCCCGAGUGCCUGGCCGCGGUGUGGUCAUCUACAUGCGUCAGGAGGGCCGUGGCAUUGGACUUCUCGAGAAGAUCCGCGCCUACAACCUCCAGGACCUGGGCCACGACACGGUCAACGCCAACCUCAUGCUCGGCCACGGUGCCGACGAGCGCACGUACGGCGUCGCUGCCGAGAUCCUCCGCGACCUCGGCCUGGCGGGCGACGAGGCUCUUGGACGUGGUGGUGUGCGCCUCCUCACCAACAACCCCGAGAAGGUCGAGGGUCUUGCUGCCGAGGGCAUCCGCAUCACUGAGCGUGUCGGCAUGGUCCCCCGCGACUGGCUGUGUAACCACAACUCGCCCAAGCGGUCUGCACGCGAGCUUUUGGACGACGAGGAGCUGGAGUACGACGAGUACCGCGCCCGCCGUGCCGGUGUUGGCCUUCUGGGUGCCACGACGACCCGUGGACCGGAGCUGGAGAAGUACCUCCGGACCAAGAUUGAGCGCAUGGGGCACAUGAUUGAUAUUCCAGAGGAGCCCAAGGCCGACGCAUGACGAGUGUUCUCCCCCUUUAUUUGCCAGAGUAGUCAUCUGUACAUCAUAUGCACUGUCUUGUUUUGUAAACUGAACAA